AUGGAUAGUCCCUCUCCUACGCCGAUUGAAGAUCGUAGCUCUCCGAAUGAACCUGCUCAGCCGGCUGAAGCUUGGGAAAUCCACAGCGAAACCUCGCUCGAAAGAUUCAGCGUAGAAGACGCCGUGCAAUGCUUGGACACGUUUCAAGAUGUUUUCGGGGCCCUCCAUCCCCUACCGCAGCUCGAGAAAAUUAGGUUAAGUUUGCCUAGUCUUUUGCGGUCUGCCAAAAGAUCACUUUGGAGUCAACCUACAACUCCAGGUCAUUGUGGCCUUUUGGAAAUGUUGAAGAUAAUUCUAGGAAUCGCCCUGGUUGCGCAGACUGGUGGUAGAACCAAGCUGUCAGACACCCUUUAUCGGAGUGUGGAACCUACUCUCGUUUCGGCGGUCUUUCAGCACUCCAUCAGUCACGAUUUUCGAGCGUUGUUGCUGCUCGUGGCCAUGUAUCACUUCAGCAAUGAGGACCUAGUACUUGGAUCCAGAGCCAUUAUGUACGCUGCGCGCACAGCUGUUGAAGAAGGCCUCUAUCGAAUCGAAAAGCUCUCGGUCAUCGUCCCUGAUGAAAAGGAGCGCCAGGCAAUCAUCCGGCAACUCUGGAGCUUGUUUGUCCUGGACCGCCAAUUCAAUUUCGCCGCCGGCCUACCGCAUCAUCUCAAUGACGGCGACGUUGACCUGCCCCCUCCUGCAAGUCCACCCCCAAUGCUCUGUCGAGCAAUUCUGCUAAUGGGUUAG